UAGAGAGAUAAUCCUUCUACCUUUGGCGCUGCUGACUGCCGACAUUUGGAUGUUGAUUUGUUCUCUCAGCCUCGCUAGCCGACCUCAUAUCCGGCAAAACAGUCGGUUCACUGCUUUCACUUUAUCUUCUCCAAUUCAACUAUGGAAGUCAGCCGAGAAAAAAGGGUAAAAGAAAAAGGGAGAAAAAGCUAGAGGCUGUCAUGGAGCUCGAGGUGUGAAGUAUAAGGUCAUAUUUUCUCAGCAUUGCAGAAUCUGGGUUUUGUUUUUCGUACUCUGUUUUGGUGAAUUCUGUAAAAAAAAAUCCAGUUGGGUUUUUGGGUUUUUGCUGCUGUACUGACUGAUUGGUUAUGGAGAAAAUCUGGAGAAGGAGGAGGAUAUGCAUUUUUGUAAUUUUUUGUGUUUCCAUGGUGGCUUAUGGAACCACUUUCCCAGGCGACCUGAAAAUUCUGAAUGAUUUCAGAAAAGGGUUGGAGAAUUCAGAGCUUUUAGAAUGGCCAGACAAUGGAAGUGACCCUUGUGGCCCUCCUUUAUGGCCUCAUGUGUACUGCACUGGGGACAGAGUCUCACAGAUUCAGGUUCAGAAAAUGGGACUCAAAGGUCCUUUGCCUCAGAACUUCAACCAGCUCUCUAAGCUCAGCAACCUUGGCCUCCAAAGGAACAACUUCAACGGGAAAUUGCCUACCUUUAGUGGCUUAUCAGAGCUCGAAUUCGCUUACUUGGAUAAUAAUGAUUUUGAUACAAUCCCUUUCGAUUUCUUUGAUGGCCUUAGCAGUCUUAGGGUUAUGGCAUUGGAUCACAUUCCGUUGAAUGCGUCUACUGGAUGGUCUUUGCCUAGUGAGUUGGCAAAAUCUGUUCAAUUGCAAAAUUUGUCCUUGAUUGAAUGUAAUUUGGCAGGAUCGUUGCCGGAGUUUUUAGGGGCAUUGCCGUCUCUCUCAGUCCUACAACUUUCCUUUAAUAGAUUAACUGGUGUGAUUCCGGCGAGUUUUGGAGAGUCUUUGGUGCAGACAUUGUGGUUGAACAAUCAAGAUGGUGGAUUGACCGGUCCUAUUGAUGUAAUUGCAUCAAUGUCGUCGUUGACACAGGUUUGGCUGCAUGGAAACCAAUUCACCGGAACAAUUCCAGCCAACAUUGGAGAUCUUUCUUCUCUCAAGGAACUCAACCUCAAUGGCAACCAACUUGUUGGUCUGAUUCCGCAGUCACUGGCGGACAUGAAGCUUGACAAAUUGGACCUGGGAAAUAACCGGCUAAUGGGUACAAUACCGAAGUUUAAGUCCGGUAAUGUUUCUUAUAACUCUAAUCCAUUUUGUCAGACUGAUCCUGGGCUGCAAUGUGCCCCAGAAGUUAUUGCACUUUUGGAUUUUCUUGGUGAUUUGAAUUAUCCUUUAAGUCUUGCAUCUGAGUGGUCGGGUAAUAAUCCGUGUGAGGGGCCUUGGUUGGGGUUGAGUUGCAAUCCGCAGACCAAGGUUUCCGUCAUCAAUUUGCCUAGACGCAAGCUAAUUGGUACUUUGAAUCCUUCACUUGCAAAGUUAAAUUCUUUGAUUGAUGUAAGGCUUCCAGGAAACAACAUAAGUGGUAAAGUUCCUACUAACUUUACUGAGUUGAAAUCCUUGAGAUUAUUGGAUAUCAGCGGAAACAAUAUCGAGCCUCCUUUACCAAAAUUCCAUGACAGUCUGAAGGUCAUCAUCGACGGAAAUCCUCUUCUAGUUGCUAAUCAAACUGUUGCCCCUCCUCCUUUAUCUAGAAGCCCACCUCCACUCAAUAGUUCACAACCUCCAUCAGACAGUCCAUCAGAUACCCCAUUAUCCAGUGGUGGAAAAACACCAUUAUCCCAUAGUCCACCCUCACCAAUUACACACUCGAGUCCUAAUCCAUCUGGUUCUGUCCAAGUGGAUGUUCAGCCCCAAAAUUCUAAGAAAUCAAAAACAGUUAUUAUUGUGGCUGGAAUCGCAGUUGUUUCUGUUGCGGCUCUUCUGAUGAUUUGUCUAUUUACUUACUGCUGUAAGAAUAGGAAAAAAAUCUCGGAGGUUCCUACUUCCAUUGUGCUUCACCCUAGAGACCCAUCUGAUCCAGAAAAUACGUAUAAGAUUGCAGUUGCUAGUAAUACCACUGGAAGCUUGUCAACUAAAACUGGGAUUACUGCUAGUAACUUCAGCAGUGGAACAGAGAACUCUCAUAUGAUUGAGGAUGGGAACCUUGUCAUAUCUGUUCAAGUUCUUAGAAAGGUGACCAAAGAUUUUGCACCCGAAAAUGAGCUAGGCCGUGGCGGAUUUGGAACUGUUUACAAGGGUGAACUAGUAGAUGGGACAAAAAUAGCAGUUAAGAGAAUGGAGGGUGGGGUAAUCAGUAGCAAAGCAUUGGAUGAAUUUCAGUCAGAAAUUGCUGUUCUUUCCAAGGUUCGUCAUCGACAUUUGGUUUCUCUUUUGGGUUACUCCGUCGAAGGAAAUGAAAGGCUUCUUGUCUACGAGUAUAUGUCUCAAGGUGCUCUUAGCAGGCAUCUUUUUCAUUGGAAGAGCUUCAAUCUGAAGCCUUUAUCUUGGACAAGGAGACUCAGUAUUGUGUUGGAUGUUGCAAGAGCGAUGGAGUACCUACAUAAUUUAGCCCGCCAGACAUUCAUACACCGAGAUCUCAAAUCUUCUAAUAUUCUUUUGGAUGAUAACUUUCAUGCAAAAGUUUCAGAUUUUGGGUUGGUGAAACUUGCUCCGGAUGGGGAGAAGUCUGUUGCAACUAAGCUUGCAGGGACAUUUGGAUACCUUGCACCUGAAUAUGCUGUGAUGGGGAAAAUUACAACAAAAGCAGAUGUGUUCAGCUUUGGAGUGGUGUUAAUGGAACUUUUAACUGGAUUAAUGGCGCUUGAUGAGAACCGGCCAGAGGAAAGCAGGUACUUGGCCGAGUGGUUUUGGCGAAUAAAGUCAAGUAAGGAGAAGCUUGUGGCUGCAAUUGAUCCAACUCUUGAAGUAAAUGAAGAAACUUUUGAGAGCAUCUCAAUGAUAGCGGGACUGGCUGGUCAUUGCACAGCGAGGGAACCAAGCCAUCGGCCUGAAAUGGGGCAUGCAGUGAAUGUGUUGUCCCUACUUGUUGAAAAGUGGAAACCUAUUGAGGACGAAUCUGAUUGCCUCUCAGGGAUUGAUUACAACCAACCUCUACCUCAGAUGUUAAAGGUUUGGAAGGAAUCAGAAAGCCAAGGAGUCAGCUAUAAUAGUCUCGAGGACAGCAAGGGCAGUAUUCCUACAAGGCCUAAUGGAUUUGCAGAGUCCUUCACUUCCGCAGAUGGGCGAUGAGUAAAGAUAUAAUUUGUAAGUCCGCAGAAACCAUCGGCUCUUGCAGCAGUAUACUUAAAUAAAUCUCUAUGUAGGAUAUGAUAUUAAGCACUUCCUUUUCGUUAAUGUCCAUUCUAGUGCUCCGGCGCUUGUAUUGAUGUUUUCAGGACUCUUUUCUUGAGUUCUGAGAACUGUCUGUUAGAUGUCAUCAACGUAGAUGGAGGAUGUGCGAUUCAUUUUUUUGCUUGUUUGGUAUUUCAUGAAUUAUGUAUGUAUUUUUACUUUAUAUACAUGUUAGUUAUGUAUGUAUUUUUACUUUAUAUACAUGUUAGUUUGCAAUUAGUGAUUGAAGCAGUAAAAAAACAUCAACAAACAGACCUGUUGAUUGUAAUU